ACGUCGUGCCCCCAGAGCAGACGUGGCAUAGAGACGGUUUAAAGUCGCAGCCGUAGCCGAAAGCUGACCUGCGACCAUUAUUCUGUACACCAGCUCUAGGACCAUUAAACACGUUUAAAUAAAAAACACUCGAAGCGUCUCCUGCUUGUCUAACGCUCAAUAAACCAUGGCUUCGUCUGCGAAUAAUAACGGUUCUGUUGGUAAGUGGGAGGUGGUGAAAAGAAGCAAGAAACAGAACAGCGCUGCCAAGACCCAGGUCGACAAGAAGUCCAGAAAAGCUCUGAUCGAGUCCAAUGCUCCAAAACUGGACCUGUACCCGUCUGUGAAGAUGUCCGAGACGAUAUUUGAGGGUUUCGAGAAGAUUGGAAAGAAGCAGAACAAGGAGCAAGUUCCUCCCCCAGCUGAGACUCAACAGAAGAAGUCCAAUCCAGCGAAGCAGGCAAAGAAAUCCCAGUCCAACAGCAGCUCAAAACCCACUCACUACAAGACGUUGGAGGAAGCUGUCAAAGCUCUGGAUGUAGUGGAGUUGAGGCAAGAGCUGGAGAAAAGUCAAGCUAUGUUUCCUGAGAAUCCAUGUGUCUGGGUGAAGGAUCUGGCUGGGUAUCUCAACAGCAAGCUGCUCGCUCCUGACCCAGAUCCCACACUCAGCAGCUAUGCUCACGAUUACCCAUACUGCCUUGCUGGAAAGGACUUGCGCAGCCUAAUUAAGAAUCUGUUGGGGAAAAGCGGAGACGCAUUACAAGAAUUCCUUGAUCACUGUCUGUUGGCCAUGCUCCGGGAGUUGGAUAGACCCACAGGUGACCCACUGCAUGGCUACAGAAUGUGCAUUCAGGCUGUCAUGAUGAACAAACCCAAAAUAGCCACCCUCAGCCUGCCUGAACACCUGGAGCUGCUGCGCUUACAGCAGAACCGUCCAGCUAAGUGUCUGAGCAUUAUGUGGGCUCUUGGACAAGCUGGCUUCUACGACCUUACCCAAGGCAUAAAAGUUUGGCUGGGCAUCAUGCUCCCUGUUCUAGGAGUGAAAACUCUGUCUGCUUAUGCCAUUGCUUACCUAGAGAGACUGCUAACGCUUCAUGCCAAUUUGUCUAAAGGAUUUGGGGUAAUGGGCCCAAAAGAAUUCUUCCCUCUGCUGGAUUUUGCCUACAUGCCCAAAAAUGCCCUGUCACCAAGCUUGCAGGAGCAGUUGAGGAGGCUCUACCCACGCUUGAAGGUUCUAGCAUUUGGAGCGAAACCGGAAUCUACGUUGCAUACAUACUUCCCUUCCUUUCUCUCCAGAGCCACACCCAGUUGUCCAGAUAUCAUGAAGAAAGAGUUGCUGAGCAGCCUGACCGAGUGCCUUUGUGUAGAUGCACAGAGUUUGGGUGUGUGGAGACAGCUUUACACUAAACACCUAACCCAGUCCAGCCUCUUGUUGAAUCACCUGCACAGUUUAUGGAGCACACUCUCACCAAAGUUGCGAAACAACCUUCAGGAAACGAUUCAGUCUUUCAGAGUGACUAAUGAAGAGAUUAGGUCCACAGCGAACUUGGAUGAUGUACAGGAAUGCAAUGAUGUCUGCAGUUCUCUGCAGAUGAAGAUUCGCUCUCAGGGGUUCCCGUGGUCAAAGGCGCUGAUGGUGCUGUUGGUGUUUGUUGCCGGUUUUAUCGCUCACGAUGUGAGGUCUCAUGGCACGUUUGCCGACUCCACCACAGCACUGUACAUGCAGAAGAGCGGAGUUGCUGCCGUGUCCCAGCAAGCCUGGAGAAAAGUGUCCCAUUACAGCCAGCAGGGCAUCAACUGGUUAGCUGAAACCAUGCCGCAUUACUACUCUCUGGCUGUGGAGGCAGUGCGUCCAUUUUUGGAAGCCGUUUUGGAGAAGCUGAAGUUGGCUGCAGUCUUUAUUGCACAGAAGAGUUCUGAAGUGAUGCUGUGGUUGCAGGAGAACACACCACUGCUCAUAGAAUGGAUAAAUGCCAACACCCCAGAGAGUGUUUUCCAGUUUUUGGAGUUUGUAAAGGAGCUGCUGCUGUUUGUGCACCAGAACUACAUCUUACCUGGCCUGCAGUACAUUGUUACAGCUCUCCAGCAUCUUUGGCAGUCGCUGCAGGACUCCUGCAAUGGUGAAGUAUCACUACUCUGCAUGCAGAACCAUGUGGUGGCAUUCACCAACAGUACAUGGAUUUACCUGCAAGAUACAACAACAGCUAUCAGGAGUUGGGCCCAAGAGCUGCUGACCAAGGCGUGAUAAACACCCAGAAUAUGGGACGGAGACUUUGUCUUUAUUUGCAUCUACCAUCCCCUGCUGGGCUGUAAAAGACUGUAGGAUACUUUUCCAGCUAAUAUUUCUCUAAUUCUGAGGACUCAAAAGGAGGUGGAACACUUUUUUUUUUUUUUUUUCCCCCCCUGCUACAUUAUUUGGGAGUCCACCCCCACCCCAUUCCUCAAUUUCAGGACUUUUUAUAUGAUCAAUACCCUAAAUGUUUUGUAGGUGUUCCUUUUCAUCUCUUGUGUUUUACCUAGGUGAUUGCAGAUACAAUAUUUAUUUGAUGUAUGUAGGAGUAAAACAAAAGACUAAAAAAAGAAAACACUGGGACAAUUGGAUAUGAAAAUUGCUGAAAGAUGCAGGACACACAUUUUAGGUUGUCCUGGAGAAAUAUCUAAACAUCUACACACAUCAUAAUUUACUGCAUAUUUGCUCAAUUAUACAAAUAUGAACACAAAAGCCUUAAGCAUAUAGCUGUUAACUUACUGUGAAUUUGGAAAAGGUUAAAUAUUUACACAUUCUUGGUAAGUUAUUUUACUUUUUUGUGUAAAUUUACAUAUAAAGCAUGUUGUUCUAGUGCUUAAAUUCUGUAUCGGUGCAUUCAGUUUAAAUCUAUUUAAUUCCACCUUCUCGAUGCAUUACAAGUACAGCGGUACACAGAGGUUGUAGCGAUGAGGCAUUCCAUGGCUACGUGACCAAACAUUGCUCCCAAGAUGGUCGUGUUAGAUCCUGUGGCUUUCCGCUAGUGACCACAUGUUGGACUUGUGUAAAGCAAGCAAACUCGUUCCAUUCAAGUCUACAAUGAACCUUUGUGAAACUUGCCACUUUCAGAGCAUGCCAAGAUUUAAUAAAUAGAAAGUCCUUCAAGGAUACUACCUGAUUUUAUAAGAAUGCUUAGUGGUUGAUUUUGUUUUGGUGGUUGAUCACAACAUUAUGAACAUAACUUUUUUUUUUCUUUUUCUUUUUCUUUUUUAAACAAGUUACCGUGCGCCUCACAUCUAUGAUCUCGCCCACUCAGUCUGACACUCCUCCUCAGUGUCGGAGAGAUUUUGUGGUGACUACUGUUGCUAUUGUCUGCAAGUGUUCUACUUGAUUACCUCUUAAUGUGAUCUGGGAAGCUCUAUUGAAGAUACCGACUUGUAUAUUUUCUACCCCUCCCUUUCCACAGUACAGAUAGUUGUGUAAUAUGUAAAAACCACAGGACUUGGAGCUCCUUCUGCUAAUAUUUACAAGAAUUGAAGUCUGCAUUUGGUGUGACGUUUGCCUCUAGAGGCUACACCUGUGCAGUCCACCAGAAUGUUCAAAUGUCAAAAGGUAUAAUGAAUGAUUUUUGGCACCGUUUGUGUAAUAGUAAUCAGUCAAGUGUGUCUGGUUAAAGACAGAUUAGACUAUAGCCCCACCCCUUAACCUAACAGGGCUGGAGGUAUGGAUUACACCAUAGAAUGUGGAAAAGAGAAAUUAUAUAAAUGUGAUGAACUAAUUUUGUUGCUUUGUAUAAAUGGUUUAUAAAUAAAUUAAUAAAAUCUG